AUGGCACGAGAAGGCUACGUUCCCCUUGAGUCCGAUGUGGACGUGGCGGUGGCUGGGGACGUGGACCAUCAUGGUGACCAUUUGGGUGAUUUGCUGCACCGUUCGGUGCCCUUCGACUCCUGGUGCGUCACCUGGGAGGAUUUGGCCGAGCUCCGGGGCGAAGUGCGGUUGGCGUUGCGCGAAGGACGCCUGAGACCCACCGACUUGGACCCUUUCGAUCCAAAGGACGAGAGAUUUGGCCCAAGUAUUUACACGGUGGUGGAACAGCUGAUUAAACCACGGACCAAAGAAGCUGGUAAUAUGAGUUGGGCACUGAUGAAACAUCCUCAAGGACUUCUUUGUGAUGUAUUCGUGACUCAUGCCUGGGAGGAAGGCAUUUUCGAAUUCUUAGACAAAGUCUUGGAUUCAUGGCCUCCUGGUGCACGCCAUGCAUACUGUUGCAUGCUUUCGAACCCUCAGAACCUAGACAUUGCUUCGUUGAUCGCGGAUCCCUUGAGCUCCCCCUUUGCACAUGCACUGGAACAAGCAGAGCACAUGCUUGUGGUGCCUAAUCGACACAACAGCAUCUACACCCGUAUUUGGUGUGCCUUCGAAGCUCAUCUGGGAGUUCAGUUGAACAAGCGAAUUACCACUGCCAUGUCUCGGCCACAUGGCUUUUGGAUUCGCCAACUUGCCAUGCUGGCAGUUUUAUGUUGUAGCAUGGCUGCCGGCGCUUUCGCAGGGCAUGCUUCCGCGCAGCGUUGGGGAGCCCAGAUGGAAGCCCAUGUCUUGGUGGCCGUUCUUCUAGCUUUUGUUGCGUUUGCUGGCUUUACUCUGCUGUCCUUCGGUCAGAAGCGGCAACGACUGCUGGUCAUUAGUCUCACUAUCUUUGGCGGCCUGUACUUAGGCACCUUGGGAGAUUAUGUGCUCCUGGCAUCCGACUGUAUGUAUGAUUUCUUGGGCUACAGGACAUGUUUGGGGCUCUACAUCCAGAUAGGCCUUUGGAUCCCCACGAUGAGUUCCUGCAUUUUGCUGAUCGAGGCGGACAGACAGUGGUCCAUCGCUUUGCACGAACAGUCGUUUCAACUCUAUCAGAAUUUCACUGGCGUGGCCGAUGCGCGUAGUUCUCAGCCUGCAGAUAAACGGACCAUCAUGAGUGAAAUCUCCAACCACGGGGGGCAUGAAUUGGUGGAUGCCGCGGUUUCUGUGCUGAUUUCUUCUGGAGUGUCAACACCCGAGCUAAGAGAAGUGGCAAGGCAUCAAAUUCAAGUGGAACAUGCGGGGAUGUACAAGAUGUCAGUGGCUGCAUUUGCCUGGUCUGUAUGGCUACAUGGCUUCGUGUACGUCAGUCUGUGCGUGGAAUGGGGGUCGCUGGCAUGGUGCUUCAGCGUUGUUGCAAUUCUCGAAGCAUUGCUUUGGGCCAUCGUUUGGUGCGCUCUGUCCUUGGAACAACGGACGUUUGGGGUCUGGACCGCUUCCAUGUUCACGACGCCGAUGGCCUACAUGGCGCUGUGGAUCACCUAUUUUGAGAAAGUGGUUCUCUCUGGGUACUGGAGUAGCUGCAUGGGUGUCAUUCUGCUUGUCCUUCUGAUUGUACAUGAUGUUUUUCUGGUCCCGUUGGUGUUGUACUCCACGGCCGUAGGCCCAGCUGGGACUCUGAACUUACCAUACUUGGGACCUUUGAUGGUUCGAUCAGUUCUGGGCAAGAGUGACCCCACGGAGGCGCAGCUGUUGUUGCAACAGCGGCUCUCCGACCUGCUAGAGGUGGAGCCGGAGACACCAAAGCCUCGCAAAACCGACACCGGGGCUCCAGUCGAUGCCGUCGACGCUAGCGCGCUGCGGCGUUUGGAUCUUGGCGCAGCCAGGAAGACUGCCAAUGCAGCUGGUGCCAGGGGGAGGGUCGGGCUUCAGCGGCUCAGAACGAAGCAAUUCAGUGAAGCCUCGUCCCCAAUCAGUUCCAAAGAACCACCUGGAACUGUUUGA